AUGUCAUCGUUAUCCGACAGAAUUUCCAUGCUUGAGGGUAUGCUCAUGGAGAAGGGUGUCGUGCCACCGCCCGCCGCACAUCCUCCCAAGACAAAACAAGAAGCCCAAACAAAACAACAACAGCCUGGAGAACAACAACACCAUCAGCAAUCAGCAGAUGGCCAUUAUGCUCAAACGGUGUACCAGAAUUCGCCUUCCCGUGAGGUUCCCUCACCGCCAGACUCUGGAAAUGAGGACUUCGCCAUGCAGGAUCUGCACGAUUUCCAGGAGAGCGAUCAGGCAGACAGUGUUCUGGCGCACAGUCAGACCUUCCAACCCUUGAUGAAGGAGACCUCGCCAUUCCGCAAUCUAGACCCCAAGAAAGAGGACAUUGUCCAUCGGUUGCUCUCAACCAAGGGCAAUCUAUCAUUUGAUCAGUUAUCCGGCCGCCUGCGGUUCUUCGGACCCACGGCGAACAGCCAUGUGUAUGCCGAGUCUCAAGACACAUUCGAUUCUCGGGAGCCUCCUGAGCAGAUCCGGCGUUCCGAACGGAUCAUCCGCUCUCUCACCGUUGCCACUCAUGAUUACCUCAUGAACAACUUCUGGGAGUAUUAUAAUUCAGUGCUGCACGUCAUCGAUCAAAGCGCCUUUGAGGCCGAUCGGGAGUCACAGAAUCCUAAGUUCUACUCAUCGUUCCUUCACAUCACCAUACUCGCCAUGGGUUAUCGCUUCGCCGACCAUGACAGAGAGGACAUGAAGAAGAUCACUCUUGGGAACAGAGAGUGUAACCUCCACAGAGAAGCCAAGUAUAUGCUUGAUAUCGAGCUUGAGAGACCGGGUGGAAUACCUAGUGUCCAAGCACUCCUAAUACUUGGCGACCUAGAAUGUGGCGUUGGGCGUGACAACACCGGUUGGAUGUAUGCUGGUAAGUACUUUAAUCACCUGAGCAUAUCAACAUUAUAA